GCCCUCACCUGCUCAUCUGUCAGCGCAUGCCAUGCCUCCCUCUCAACUCAAAGCGCUCAAGUCGCAACUCCGUGAGAACGGCAUCGUCGGCCCGCAAAAGUCGAAGAAGCAGCGCAAAGCCGGCAGGACAGCAGACGGCCCACAACACCAAAACCGUCAUGCCGCCCUCCAACAGAUCCGCAACAGCUUCAACCCUUUCGAGCUGCGUCCCGGCUCAGCACGACCCGCUAAGUUCGAGAGCUUCUCUGCCAAGCCAAACCCAGGCAAGUAUGCGGCAAUCCUGCACAGACCAGGCGUCACGAAAAGUGCGGGCGAGGAGAUGCGCCGGCGGCAAUUGUUGCCUGAAAUGCAGCGGCGGAACAAAGUGGGAGGAUUGAUUGAUCGGAGGAUCGGGGAAGGUGAUGCGACUAUGACGCCGGAGGAGAGGGCGGUGCAGAGAUUCGCGAGGGAGAAGGAGAGGAAGAAGGGCGGGAGUUUGUUCGACUUGGAGGGGAGUGAUGGGGACGAAGGUAAGAUUGGUUUGACGCAUCUGGGUAGGAGUCUGGAUGAGUUUGAUGGCGGGGAUAUGGUGGAUGCUGUCAGUGAGGGGUCGGAGGAAGAGGAGGAUGAUGGGUUGUUGCGGAAGAAGAGGCGGCGGGAUGAUGUUGAUGAAGGAGAUGAGCUGCUUGGAGAGGCUGAGGUGGAGGAGCCAGAACGUAAGAAGACGAAGAAGGAGGUCAUGGAAGAGGUCAUAGCCAAGUCGAAGCUGCACAAGUACGAGCGGCAGAAGGCGAAGGAAGACGACGAUGACCUCCGCGAGCAACUUGACGCAAGUAUGGCGCAUAUGCUUGCUUUGUUGCAAGGUCACAAGCCGGUGCGGAAGGAAGUCGAACGUGAAGCGGAGACAGCUAUUAACAGCGACGGGCCCAAGAUGAACCCUGAGAGGCAGAAAUUGCUCGACGGUGCGGAUCGCGCGAAGGUGGACAAGGAGUACGAAGUACGCCUGCGACAACUGGCCCAAGAUACCCGCGCGAAGCCUAGUGACAGAACGAAGACUGCGGAGGAGAGGGCGCAAGAACAAGCCGAACACCUGCGGGAGAUGGAGGAGAAGCGGCUAAAGCGUAUGCGUGGCGAGGCAGUGUCCGAUGACGAAGACGACGACACGGCAGAAGACGGCGGUGAAGUCGAUCAAGAAGCCUCGCCAGAUGCUUUUGGCAACGACGAGGUAGCGGAUGAUGCUGGCGACUUUGGCUUCGAGGCAUCGCUUCCUCAACCGAGGGAGAUCAAAGAGAAGGUCAACCACGACGAUGAGGACGAUUUCGCUUUUGAUGAUGAUCUGAUUGCCAGUGAUCCUGAGGCCGAGCUCUCGGACGACUCCGAAUCAGAAGCUGAGGGUCCGCAGGAUGAGGCACAAGCUGACGAAGAAGCAGAGUUCGUCCAAGGCAUAUUAGGCGACGGGGCUGCUGAAGACUCACAGAAAGCGACGAAUCCACCACAAUCUAAGAACUCGGUGGGCUUGGCUUAUACGUAUCCGUGUCCGCGGAGUCACGCCGAGCUACUCGAAGUCUUCAAGAAUGUGCCGACCGAGCAGGCUAUAACGGUCAUCCAGCGCAUUCGCGCACUCUACCACCCCUCCCUCUCCGCUGCCAAUAAAGAAGCCAUGGCCGACUUCUCCGCAGCCCUGGUCGACCAUCUAGCCUAUAUGGCGAAUAACGGACACUCUCUUGCAGUAACCGAGCAGUUAAUACGCCACCUGCACAGUCUGUCCCGAACGUACGCUACUCGAAUCGGCGAAGCGUUCCGCCUUUAUUUGCAAGCCUGGCACGAGCGUCUCAACGUGCAGCCGACGAACGGCGACUUGAUGAUCAUCACGGCUAUCGGCGCAACCUACCCGACUAGCGACCACUUCCACCAAGUCGUCACGCCCGCCAUCACCAUGAUGGCGCGAUGGCUCGGUCUCAACCUCCCGAACGCCGCAGGCACUGCCACCAUCGGCGCCUUUCUUGUGGCGCAAUGUCUCAACUACCAAAAGCUCUCCAAACGCUACAUCCCCGAAACUGUCCGCUUCACCCUACACGCUCUACGCUCCAACAUGAUCACGGACAGACAGCCGCACCUGGACAACCUCACCACGAUGUCCGAUCUCUGGCAGGACCUCUCCGCAUUCACGCACAUAUUCAGUCCUUUCGUUCAUAUCCUCGAACGCCUCAACGCAACCAAAGCCCUCAGGCACCUCACCACCCUUCUUGAGAGCUCUCACCUCCGCCUCCGGCCCCUAGAACUCCAUCACCACCGGCUCCAACCAAUCCGCACCUCCAUCCCCAAAUUCGAAUCCGGCUUCAACCCAGACAAACACUACGAUCCCGACCACGACCGCAGCGAGUCCCGCAAAUUACACAAAGAAGUGAAGCGGGAGCGCAAGGGGGCACUGAGGGAGUUGAGGAAGGAUGCCAAUUUCGUUGCCCGUGAGCAGUUAAGGGACAAGAGGGAGAGGGACGAGGAGUAUGAGCGUAAGCAGCGGCGGUUGGUGGCGGAGAUUCAGGGGGAGGAGGGGGGUGAGGGGAGGAGGUAUGAGAGGGUUCGGGAGAGGAGGAAGCGGGAGAGGGUGCAAAAGAAGAGGAAGGAUAGUCCAUAGCUUCGAAGGGAUGUCCUCAAACAAUGAGGGAAUUCCGAAUACUUGAUCUUUUGAGUGUCGUUCGUGCCGCGCUUAUGAGAUCAAGGUCAUGGUUUACUGUGUUGGCGACAUUGGGCGCGUAAUGCUUGUGGGGUUUUGUGAUCAUAAUCAGUCGUCAGUUAAGAUACCGUCAUCUCUUCGCCCGCCCUCUCCCAGUUCCCCAACCUUUGGGCCUACCUCUAGCGACCAGUAGCCGGCCUCGUCGCAUCAUCCCCGACAUCACCCACUAGCUU